AUGAACACAGAGCUCGCCUCCCUCGAGGCUGAAGUGAAGGAAUUCAAGGUCCAGCUUGAGGCAGUUCAAUCGAGUUUGCAGGUAGACCCAGAUAAUGCCGAACUGCAGGGACUGAAGACGGAGCUUGAAGAAUUCAUAUCCCUCACGGAACAAUCCAUCUCAGAGCUACGACCCUCUCCACAGAAGCCGAAAUCCUCCCCUCCUCCUGCAAAAGAAAAAUGGUCGAAAGAGAACCACCCGGCAUACCAAGCGGGUUACCGAAAACCCACCGUUGAGCCCACUCCUCCCGAAGAACCCCAGCCCUCACCUCCGGUCUCUUUAUCUGUAAAUGAUAAUGUCCUAGCCCGAUGGGCCUCCGGAGAUAACACAUUCUAUCCCGCCCGCAUCACAUCCAUAACAGGCUCAUCCACAAACCCCAUCUACAUUGUUUCUUUCAAGUCAUACGGGACAACUGAAACCCUGACUGCGAAAGACAUUAAACCCAUCAUUGACACGCGAAAACGCAAGGCUGAUGGACUAUCAGGCUCCGUAUCCCCACAGACGCUUCCGGCCAAUUCGAGCGUAAUUUCUGCUGCUGCAGAUAUCAACCCAGCUCUGGCUACCCAGGCGCGCAAGGAGCCAAGCAAGGCAGGCGACGGCCCCAUGCGCCCAGCUAAGGUCCCCCGAAAAGUCAGAGCCAAUCGGGAACUGGAGGCUGGGAAGAGCAAAUGGCAGGAUUUUGCGGCUAAGAGUAAGCUCGGGAAGGCUGGGAAGAAGGAAAGCAUGUUUCGGACUCCGGAAGGGAUCAAUGCUCGAGUUGGUUUUACUGGCUCUGGCCAACAGAUGCGUAAAGAUCCAGCACGAAGCCGUCAUAUCUAUCAACAAGCCGAAGACGAUUAUUGA